GCCAGUAAAAUCCAGGGUUUGAGUGAGGAGGAGAGAGACCACUUACUCCCCCUGCUACGGAAUGCCCAGUGGGUGGAGGUGGUUGGGAGGGAUGCCAUCUACAAAGAGUUCAUCUUCAAAGACUUUAACCAGGUCAGAAAGGCUUGGACAAUAUACUCAAUCUAGGGCUCAGGGCCAAUAUUCAUAAAGCGUCUGUGAUUAUCUAGGAUCAGGUCCUCUCUGUCCAUGCUAUCUUAUUCAUUAUGUUCUAAAAGUCUAAACUGAUCCUAGAUCAGCACUCCUUCUCUUAGACGCGUUUUGAAUACAGGCACCGAUUUUUUUCGGACAAUGUGACGUCACGUGACCAAACAAAAUAAGAAACUUGCUAAUAAAUGGCUGUAGGCUAUACAAUGCAUAUUACUUGAUUGUGACAGUAAGGACUUGGAAGUAUAAUCUGCUAUUUUAUCACAGGCCUUUGGCUUCAUGUCCAGUGUGGCACUGCAAGCUGAGAAGAUGGACCAUCACCCUGAGUGGUUUAACGUGUACAACAAGGUAUUUCAAUAAGCCCCCGCCCAAGGCCCACUAAGAUUGCCUGGGGUAAAAUAGAUAUAGACAAACCUGUUAGCAUCACUAGUUGUGAAAGGUAUGUUGUGACUUGACAUUUUUUUCAUUUGAAUGUCCCUCUGUAUGUCUCAUUCUCACCCAUUCCUGUCAUUCUGGGUUGCAUUUACCAUGUCUUUCCUGCUGUCGCCCAUCCUUAUCCACACUUCAUCUUCUCCUUUCUCCCAGGUCCAGAUCACACUCAGCACACAUGACUGUGGGGGCCUCUCUCAGAGAGACAUCACUUUGGCUACCUUCAUUGACCAAGCAUCUGUCCUCUAAGCAACUCAUGGCCUGCUGCCAUUUCAGUCUGUCAGCGCCCGUCAUUUCAGUUCCAGUCAUUUCAAUGGUGGAACCCAGAGCAGAGCAUGCCUAUUCAUCGCUCUCCAUACGUUCAUUCAGAUGACUAACCUUUAACAGGAACAGGAAAUGAUCAAACAGGAAAGUACAUCACAGAAUCCCAAUUAAUAUUUAAUGUUUACAGGUCACUUUCAAUUCCCAAACAUUUUGCUGGUGUGGUGUUUGUUGAUAGACUGAUGAAGCCAAAUAUAUCUUUAAAAAAUUGCUUUGGUGGAAAGUGGAUUUAUGAGCAACAGACCAUGAGCCAGUAAAAAGACCAUAGAUACUGUAUAUCAAACAUUCCUCUGUCCCUAACUGAGUGGAAUCAGGUAAUGUAAAAUCAAAAGCGUCUAAGGUAUAUAUUACUCUGACUCUAAACCUUUGAAAUCUGGGGAAAAUCUAUUAAUUCCUUCACUUGUUAAUUCCAGUCACUUUCAAACAAAUGUUCUACAUAAAACACUGACUUUGUUGUCAGUCUGUCUAGUCUGUUUGUCUGAAACUGUUUUCCUCUGUGUAGUGUUUUGUACUGUAAGUGACAAAUAAAAAAAUUUGAAUAACC